AGGGGGUCACAUGUUUCGCCUCAACAUCAAAGAUGCCGAUGCUUAUUGUCGUAACUGGUUAAACUGUGCGAUGAAUAUCGGAACGCGGCCUGUGAUUCGUGUCUCUUGCAAUAGAAGUAUCCUGUAAUUUUUAACUUGUGAAUUUUCCUUAAGCCGUGCAAAUUGGGUGUUUUAUCUCCACGGCAAUUUUUAUAUUGUGUUAUCACGCAUUUUUGGUUAUCGUUCACAUAACUUCUUUUCGAUAAAUUACUUUUUCGUAUGAAUCGUGAUCUGUUUUGGCUCCGCAAGGAGGCCACGGCUAUAUAAUAAUAGAAGAAGAAAAAGAAGAUUUUUAACUUAUUUCAAGAUAUACAUUCAAACUUUGAGCACUCCUGGGCCCCCUUACUUUAGUAAACGGACACGCAAUAGCAUAGAGAGUUGAUCGUGUAUCGCAAAUAUCACAGUUUAAUUAUGUGGCAUGAGUUCAUCCACUGUCUUGGUCUCUCUUUGUGUUAUUCGCAUCGAGAUUUGUGAUACGGAAUUAGAAGAAACUGCCAGCACCAUGGCUGCAAAAAAGACAAGAGGUUGCAGAGAACCAAGGGAUAUUAAUGUGGAAACUUAUACAAAUGUAGCAGAGAACAUGUCUCCAUUAUUAUCAAGCCAAAGCACAAGCAAAUCACAUUCAUUUUCAAGAACUAAUUCAGAAGAGACAUCAUUUGUAAAUUCUAAUCCUGUCAUGAGUUCUGGAGAAAUAAUUGGUGCUGCAGCUUGUACUUCAUCUGAUCAAAUAAAUUUCAUCUCUGGGAAUCCUUUUGUUGAAGUUACAAAAGGUAUUCUCCACCUCUUUAAGGAAGAUGAAUUGACUGCAAUGCACUGUGCUGCAGAUCGCAGUCAUACCAUCUGUAUCUUGUCAGUACCAGCAACAAUGACUUGCCACGAUCUGUUAACUUUCACAGCAGCUUGUCAUCAGGACAUACAAUAUUUUAGGAUUCUCAGAGAUGGCAGCCCGAACCAAUAUAUGGCUUUAAUCACUUUUAGAUCAUCAAGCGCAGCGAGCGAAUUUUAUGAAACGUUCAAUGGUGCUCCUUAUAACUCUCUAGAACCGGAUGUGGUUUGUCACAUGGUGUUUGUAUCUCGAGUUGAAGUAGGAGACAAUGGAAUGUCCCUAAAUGGACACACUGAGUUACCAUCAUGUCCUGUUUGUCUAGAAAGGAUGGAUGAGAGUGUAGAUGGAAUUCUGACGAUAUUGUGCAAUCAUACCUUCCAUUCUAGCUGCCUUGUCAAAUGGGGUGAUACAUCUUGUCCAAUCUGUCGAUAUGCCCAAACGCCAGAGCCAUUAGCAGAUAGUCGUUGCAUGGAAUGUGUUGCAGAUACCAGUAAUGAUGCACUGUGGAUUUGCCUGAUCUGUGGUCACGUUGGCUGUUCACGUUAUCACCAGGGUCAUGCAUUUGAACAUUAUCGAGACACACAUCAUUGUUAUGCGAUGCAGUUAGGCAAUAAUCGCGUCUGGGAUUACGUAGGAGACAAUUUUGUACACCGUUUAUUACAGGAUAAAGAUGGUAAAAUGGUGGAAGGUCAUUCCACAACUAAAGACGAAGGUGCUGCUGUAGAGGAUAAGGUAGAUUCAGUGCAGCUAGAGUUUUCAUAUUUACUAACGUCACAGUUGGAAACGCAACGGCAAUAUUAUGAAGAAAGACUCAAUCGUGUGGAACAACGAUCCAUGGCAGAGAUUACUGAAUUAAGUGAUAAAUUGGAAAAAGUCCUUGAGGAAAACUCGCAAUUUAAGAAACAAUUUGCAACGCUCGAUCGCGACAAGCAGACACUGGAUAAACGUUUACAGCAUUCCACUAGUAAGUUGGCGCAAAUACAAGCGGAAUUGACAGAGGAAAAAGAUCUGCGAAAAGCUUUACAAUCAAACCAGAUUUCAUGGCAGGCAAAAUAUAAGAAAUUGCAAGAUGAAUUGUCUACCAAAGAAGCAGAAAUAACCGAUUUGAAAGAACAAAACCGAGAUCUUAUGUUUUUUCUUGAUGCUCAAAAACAAAUAGAUGGAUCCAUUAAUCGAGACGAAAUUGUUUCUGGUCGUAUUGUUAUUCCUCCAAAUCUGAAAGAUGGGAAAUCAUCAAGCUCGCGAGGACAUAAAAAUCAAAAGAAAUAUUAGUUAUCAAAGAUUGUUAAAUAUUUAAAUUAGAAAUUUU